AUGGUUCUCUCAAAAACAGCCUCUGAGUCCGAUGUCUCCGUCCACUCAACCUUUGCUUCUCGCUAUGUUAGAACUUCACUUCCCAGAUUCAGGAUGCCUGAGGAAUCGAUACCAAAGGAUGCAGCAUAUCAGAUCAUAAACGAUGAACUGAUGCUGGAUGGAAAUCCUAGAUUGAAUCUAGCAUCGUUUGUGACAACAUGGAUGGAGCCAGAGUGUGAUAAACUCAUCAUGGCUUCCAUCAACAAGAACUACGUUGACAUGGAUGAAUACCCUGUCACCACUGAAUUACAGAAUCGGUGUGUUAACAUGAUAGCUCAUCUUUUCAAUGCACCACUUGAAGAAACUGAGGCUGCAGUUGGUGUUGGAACUGUUGGUUCAUCUGAGGCUAUAAUGUUAGCAGGAUUAGCAUUCAAAAGAAAAUGGCAGAACAAAAGAAAACUAGAGGGAAAGCCUUAUGACAAACCCAACAUUGUCACUGGAGCCAAUGUUCAGGUUUGUUGGGAGAAAUUCGCAAGGUACUUCGAGGUGGAGUUGAAAGAGGUGAAACUAAGUGAAGGGUACUAUGUAAUGGACCCUGAAAAGGCUGUGGAAUUGGUUGAUGAGAACACUAUUUGUGUUGCUGCUAUUCUUGGUUCAACGCUGAAUGGCGAGUUUGAAGAUGUUAAACGCUUAAACGAUAUCCUUGUUGAAAAGAAUAAGGAAACUGGAUGGGACACUCCUAUUCAUGUUGAUGCAGCUAGUGGCGGGUUCAUUGCUCCAUUUAUUUAUCCAGAGCUUGAGUGGGAUUUUCGUUUACCUCUAGUGAAGAGCAUUAACGUUAGUGGACACAAAUAUGGUCUUGUUUAUGCUGGAAUUGGUUGGGCUAUUUGGAGAAGCAAGGAUGAUUUGCCUGAGGAACUCAUCUUUCACAUCAACUAUCUUGGAGCUGAUCAACCUACAUUUACCCUCAACUUUUCCAAAGGUUCUAGCCAAGUUAUUGCUCAAUACUAUCAAAUGAUUCGCCUUGGUUUUGAGGGGUAUAAAAAUGUGAUGGAAAAUUGUAGAGACAACAUGAUAGUACUAAAAGAAGGACUCGAGAAAAUGGAGCGCUUCAACAUUGUGUCGAAAGACGAUGGUGUUCCUCUAGUUGCCUUCACAUUGAAGGACCAUACAAACUUCGACGAAUUCCAAAUUUCGGACUUGUUGAGGCGCUUUGGCUGGAUUGUUCCGGCAUACAGCAUGCCUCCAGAUGCUCAACACGUAACUGUUUUACGCGUUGUCAUAAGGGAGGAUUUCUCGAGAACUCUAGCAGAGCGCCUGGUAGCCGAUAUCGAGAAAGUGUUGCACGAGCUCGAUGCACUUUCAGCGAGGAUAAGGAUGAUAAGUAGCAGUAGCAGUGUUACGGUUCUUGAAGAAGUCGUGAAGAAUAAUGGUGGAGUUGUGGCAGCUAAAAAGAGUGCUUUGGAGACUCAAAGAGAAAUAACUGCGGUUUGGAAGAAGUUUGUGUUGGAAAGGAAGAAGUUGAAUGAUAAAAUGAAUGGCGUUUGCUAG